ACUACAUUCAUUUGGAGGACAAAUUGGAUUAUGACACUUUUUUGCACACAAACGGAUGCAACACUGAGUGGAGUACUUUGAUAGUGCUUUGAUAGUAUUUCAGAACUUUUUUGGUUUUUAAUUUAGCUGGGAGCAUAACAUUUUUUUUCGUUAAUAAACAUGACAUAAGAUGAAUAUCUCUCUUUCUGUGACAAUAAGAUUACAGCUUAGAGGCAUUUUAUCUUUACAACAAAAGUGGAAAUAAUUAUAAUAAAUUAAAGUAAUGAUAAACUGGGAUUGCGAGAUAGAUUUACCUGAUUUAAACUGCACAUCUCCGGGAAUAUUUUGGAUCGUUUUUGGACCUCAAAGUGAUAUGAGGGGAACAACCCCAAUGUCACAGGUACAGGAACAGUAAGUGUUAAAGAAAGAGACAGACAAACCCUCAUUCAAGUGCAGACAGGUAGACAGACAGACAGACAAUCUGAUGCCAACUGUCUCCUCUGUGACUCUCACGGGACGACUCCUCCUGCUGUUGCUAUGGGCAACCCACCUCACCAUAGCAACCAACUGGCUCUCACUGGCACGUUUGCCACGCUCUCGUCCUGUGUCUGGUGCAGAACCAUGUGGCCGUCUAAGGGGGUUGACGCCAGGCCAAGUUGGGGUGUGCCGGGCACGGGGGGAGGUUAUGGAGUCCGUGCGAAAGGCUGCAGAGAUGGUCAUUGAGGAGUGCCAACAUCAGUUCAGAAACCGACGCUGGAAUUGUUCCACUACCCCACGGGGGAUUAAUGUGUUUGGACGAGUCAUGAAUCAAGGAACCCGUGAGGCAGCCUUUGUCCACGCUCUUUCAUCGGCUGCGGUAGCCGUGGCCGUGACUCGGGGCUGUAGCAGAGGAGAGCUGGAAAGGUGUGGUUGUGACCGAAAGGUCAGGGGUGUCAGCCCAGAGGGAUUCCAGUGGUCCGGCUGUUCUGAUAACCUCUCGUACGGUGUUGCAUUCUCUCAGACUUUUGUGGAUGAGCCCGAGAGGGCUAAAGGCAUGUCAUCAGGACGGCCGCUCAUGAACAUUCACAAUAAUGAAGCAGGACGGAAGGCAGAGGUUUUCCAUUCACUGUUAUCCAGCUAUCAGUGUGUUUUGGUUUUCUCAUGUUUUUCUGCCCCUAUUUAGGCGAUUCUUCAUAACAUGCAGGUGGAGUGUAAGUGCCAUGGUGUUUCCGGGUCAUGUGAGCUCAGAACCUGUUGGAAGGUCAUGCCUCCCUUCCGCCGGGUUGGUUCUGUGCUGAAAGAGCGCUUUGAUGGAGCUACAGAGGUACGACUCACUCGCAUAGGCUCUCGCACAGCUCUCCUUCCACGAGACUCACAGGUGAAGCCACCAGCAGCCCGUGACCUGGUUUACCUGGCAUCCUCACCAGAUUUUUGUCGUUUAGACCCAGACAAUGGCAUCCCUGGUACUGCAGGACGACGCUGUAAUGGAACCUCAAGGUUGGCACCAGAUGGCUGUGAGCUGCUAUGCUGUGGUCCAGGGUUUAAGGCAGGCCGAGCAGAGGUGGUGCAGCGUUGCUCGUGUAAGUUUUCCUGGUGCUGCUCAGUUCGCUGCCAGCAGUGUAAAAACACAGUGCUCAUACACACCUGCCGAGAAUGAAGCUCACCUGAAAAAACACUGCUUGCCACCUCUAAAUGUCCCAUGUGAGGAUGACAACCAACUCCACACAAAACUACUAUUAUAUUAUCUCAGUGGCGGCCGGUGACUUCUUUUUUUCGAAGGCGCUAGAUGCGAAGUUCGUCACAAUAUGUAUGUAGCCCGUCAUGUGUGGGGUUCGUAAUUUCAAAAUAUGUGUUUCCCGCGUUGAGUGAACCUAUGUGCAUCACGUGUCUUGUCAAAAUAAGUGCCUGCUGCAGAUCCGUCUAAAGGGUUUAUGAUAAAAGAGACGCUCGCUUUUGCCAGAUAAUCUCAUGCGUAAUCAAAGUUUACUGUUAAGGAAGUGUCUUGCGUGUAUUUUGUAAACGUGAACGUCUCUUUUAUCAUAAACGGUUUUGACGCGUGUGCAGCAGGCACUUUUUUGACAUAACACGUGAUGCACAUGGUUCACAUGACGCAACAAACACAUAUUUUGAAAGCACAAGCAACAUGCAUGACACCCUUAAACACAUAUUUUGAAUUUGCGCCCCUCGGAUGAGCAGUCACGAGCCGCCACUGUUACAUCUUCGCUUUAUCUUCAUUGAUGCAAGGGCAGCAAGCUCAAAAUCCAUUUACUAAAAUGAAGAAUUUGGCUGCUUAUGUUAAGGUUUACUCUAUUAGAGCAUAUGUACAUGGUAUUUAAUCACUUCCAUAAUUCAACAUUUAAAUCUGAACAAUGUUGGGAAUGAACAACAGCAUAAUGUUUAUCCAAAAUAAAUGCAUUUUUUUAAAUGUAUGUUGUAGAGCUUAAGUUGUGUUGCAAUUGUGGUUUUUUUUGGCUGUUAUGUAACAAAAAAACACAUUUAGUAAUCAAUAAAUCAAGUAAAAUAAAAAAAAUGUCUGUAGCCAAAUUGUUUUAGUGCACUAGUGACUUCCAUAGUUUUGUCUUUUCUUACUAUGGAAGUCAAUGGUGCUUUCUGCUUGAUUAAACGUAUCUUUCUUUGUGUUCAGACACUUGAGGGCAAGUAAAUAAUGUCAGAAUUUUAUUUUUAGGGGGGAACUAUCCUUUAAAAUAUGGUGACAUGUCUUUUAGUACAGCAAUGGUGUUUUUCUUUAUUUCCUUAAAUUCUCAAAUGAACAUGAAAUACAAACCACCAACUAACUUGUUCAGACAACGCUUGUAAGCUGAUAUUAACCCCAGAAUAACAGAAGGAAAAUAUGUUAGUAUUGUUCAUAAGGCCUUUGUUUUAAUCUUAGGUGCUUUCUCCCUAUUUACUGUAUUUAUAAUUUCUUUUCAGUUUGGCGGUUUAUUUAUUUGAGUUUAUAAUCUUUCAAGGCUGAAUUACACCUGCAUACACUCUCCAUCAUAUAUGUGACUAAGUCUUAAUCUAAUUAUGACAUUUGGAGCAUCAAGGUUUGAUUUCUAUCACUGAUCUCUGACAUGACCUCAAGUGAAGUCAUUAUAGAAGAUAUCAAGGUUAUAUGUUCACCGAAUGUUCUUUACAUUACAUACAUAGGAUGAUUUUAUGUAGCAAAUCACACAAAAAAAUGACUUUAGCUGGGUUUCCACAGUCUGGGCCACAUGUUUGUUGUGGCUUGUACUGCUGCAUAGCAUCUUCUGUUUCAUAUCUUCUUAUUGCCUGUAAUUUACAGUCUUCUAAAAUAAAGUUUUACAUCUCAAAUGCAGAAGAUGGUUUGUAAAUUAUAAAUAAUUAUACACCA